GUUUCCACGGGGCAGCUUUUAGUCGCAAUGACGACCAUAUAGUGGCUUUUGCAUUGCACCUGGGGAAUAUACUUAAACAUCAUUCAUUCCCCAUUUCAUUCAUAUUUGAAAAUCGCAACCGAUCGCACGCUCAACUGCGAUCCUCCAAGUUUGUCCACCAACGAAUUCACCUUUAGUGAGAAAAUACUUUUGAAAAAAAAAGCAUCAAAGACGAGAGACUUUUUUUAUUUUUGGCAGGAGAAGUUACCAGAAUUUAGUGUGAUCCUCGGAGUUUUUUUUAAGUGAUCUUUCUGUGAUCUGUUUUAAUAUUUUUUCGUUACCUCCUGAACAGAGAGUUACCUCAAAGUGCGCGUGAUUUGUGAUAUUCACUUUAAAGGAUAUCCAGGGUGUUUUUUUUUAAUUUAAUAAGUUUUAGUGUUUAAAUUCUAUUAAUUAAAAAAAUAUAAAAUGCGAGAAUUUCUCAAAUUCUGGCGAAGAAGAUACAGUGCCGUAAGCACAGGACUAAGCAAUGGUACCGAAUUUUCAACUCAAAGAAUAAGUGAUCGCCGAAAAAGCUUGUCGAAUACUCAAGCACUCAAUGGAUUCUCCAUUCUCGAUUCUUUCUUCUACAAACGGAGGGAUGGAGAACGAGCCAGAUGGCCAAAAAGUGCCUUCCUUUUUAUGGCCACGGGCCUCAUCUCAGUCACAUUUGCCAUUGCAAUUUACAUCUUCAAUCCGUACGAUUUAAUAUUUAAGUGGAAGCUCAAAUUUGAAAAGGACGGCGAAGUUUACAAUUUAUGGGCAAAGCCCCCAGUUGAUCUCUACUUGAAGAUUUUCCUCUUUAACAUCACCAACAGUGAGGAUUUUCUCGCGGGAAAAGACAAGCAGCUGCGAGUUAAGGAAGUUGGUCCAUUUGUCUACAGGGAACUUCUUUCACAUGAAAACAUCACGUUCAACAGCAAUGGAACAGUUUCAACAACCCCAAGACAUCCUCUUGUGUGGCAGGAAGAACUCUCGGAAGGAAAUAAAGAGGAUGAUCAGCUUAUCUUGCCCAAUAUCGCCCUUCUGAGUAUUGCACAAGUUGCUGCUGAAAAGUCCUACUUUUUCCGCCUGCCCAUUAAUAUUCUCAUCAGGCAGACAGAUAGUCAGCCCUUGGUCAGGAUGACUGCACGUGAAUUUAUGUUUGGCUACGAGAGUCCUCUGACUACCCUUGGCUACCACGUCCUACCCAAUUGGAUAUCAUUUGAGAAAGUUGGCCUCAUCGAUCGGAUGUACGACUUUGAGGGGGAUUAUGAGACAAUCUUCAGCGGUGAGACUGAUCCCAGUAUGUCUGGUCUGUAUGAUACGUACAAAGGAUCCCAGAAUCUACCACAGUGGGAUGGGGAUCACUGCAGCAGGGUCACAGGAGCAUCCGACGGGACGAAAUUCAAGAGUUUCAUGGCACCAAAUGAGACAAUCCUCUUCUUCCGCAAGAGUAUGUGCACCGUAAAAAGAAUGGUACAACAGGGAGAACCAACGGAGGUGUCUGGUUUGACGGCACAGAAGUUUGUAUUUGAGGAAAAUGCUCUGGACAAUGGUGCCAUAGAGGAGAAGAAUAAAUGCUACUGUCGCCAAGGCAAAUGCCUUCCAGUUGGCCUCAUUGAUGUAACAGACUGCUACUACGGCUUCCCAAUUGCACUCAGUUAUCCGCACUUCUUGGAUGCAGAUCCCAAUUUAUCGACAAACAUUGUUGGCCUUAAACCCAAUCGGACGGAACAUGAGAGCUUUUUCAUCAUACAGCCGACAUCGGGUCUCCCCUUGCGCUGUUCGAUGCGCUUCCAGAUUAAUUUAGCCAUGAAGGAUGUUAGUAGUAUGUCACACGUUGAGCAAUUCUCGCACCUCACAAUCCCCAUGCUGUGGUUCGACAUUACCUUCCACGAACUCCCGCCAGCGCUGAAGAAUCGCUUCCAUCUCUACCUGAAUGUUCUUCCUGUGCUCGAUAAUCUCCUCUUCUACGGAAGUGCCAUUGGUGGUGUGCUACUACUUCUCUUUGCCGUGACAAAAGCCUCCGUGGGUAUGUCCGGCAGCCUAACGUCUCCAACGCGAAAGAUUUCGCUGCAGCGCACAUACGACUUCCGAAGUACAAAGGUGUAUGCGCCAUGCGAAGAGAAACGCCACCCCAGUGACUGCCAUGAGCUGACAAUGCCCUCAACGAAUGAUGUCGUGCCCACCUCUGUGUUUGACCUCGAGAAUGAGAUUCCCCUCUCGGACACCGAUGAACUAGAACUUCUCCAUGAUGAACGUGACAGUGGACACGGGACCAAUUGCAGCAAUGCCAGUGAAGACUGCACCAUUACGAUACCUCAGGAAGAGAGAAAGAACUCCCCAAAACCGCUUUGCCAUCAAAACAGCAAUUUCACAUUGAGCAUUGUGAGAUAACAAACCCUCGCGCGCCUACGUGCUACACAAGACAUUCUUAUGGGACAGUAUUAAUUAAUGAAGAACAUAGUGAAGCAUUCUUUUGAUUUAUCACACCGCAAUUUUUGGACUAAAAAUAAGAAACUUUUUUUUCAUUCUGUUAUGUUAAUUUGUAGAUAUUUUGGCUCAUUGACACCUAUAGUGGCAUAUACAUAUAAUGUUGAAAAUAUGGGAAGUGUGGGAAAUUAAUUAGUUUUUAAUUGCUGCAUGAACCUUCAUUAAUACGGGGAAAUAUGGUUUGAAACACCUUUUAUAUGUAUAAAUUAUUUAAAUUUUAUAUCUCCUUUAUAAGAAAAACAAAAACAAACAUUCCUCGUAGAAAGUGGUGAGAAAGUUGAGAGCAUGAAAAAAUAAUCUCAUUUUCUCUGUCACUUUAUCAAGAAUUUCAAGAAGAACUCUUUAAAAACUUGCAUGAAAAGAAUGAUAGUUUAGAUUAAAUAGUAAAAAUAUUCUGCUGUAGAGGAGAAUUUUUAAAUGGAUUUUUAUAUUAAAAAUCACAAUUAAUAUUCAUUUCUACAGCUAAAAAAAAUGCAUAAAAAGUUGAAAUUCUUUUAAAAAUUUUCGGGCCAAUUUAUCUCUAGUUUUCUCUUUGAAUUAAAUUGUUUAACAGUCCUCUUUUAUUGAGGAAAAACUUUAAACUUUUUAGGAUCUUUUUUAGGAUCUUUAGGACAUUAUUGGAAAGUAAAUUGAGACAGAAUUUAACAUAAAUUAUUGUUAAGUUUUAGUAAAUCAAAUUAAGCCAAUAUUUGUCAAAUUUUAAAUACGAUUUUUAAGUCAUGAAGAGUUUCUGUUUAGAUUGAAUCCUGAAAAAGCUUUAAGCUCGUUAUAGACUUGAAUUUGUAAGUCUAAAUAAAUUGUAAAUGUCUUUAAAAUUAAUCAAAAUCGAUUGUAUUCUUUGAAUGUUAUUUUAAAAGUCUCUGUAAAACCGUUAAACGGAUUUUGAUAAAUCAAUUUUGCUCACUUUUGAAUGUGAGACAAAUUCCUAGAAAAAAUGUCUUCCAAAACUGAAAAUAGGUUUUAAACUAAAAGUUAAAUCAUUAAAAAAAAAUUUAAAAAAUUUAAAAAAAAUCAAUCAUUCUCACAGAUUUAGUCAUUGUUGUAAAUAUGCUCCAUUUUGUCAAAGCUUUAGAUGAUAAUAAAAUAAAAUAAAAUAAAAUAUAGCUUUUAUGUUAAAUAUAGAAAAUAAAGAUUGUUUUUGUACGUUUUUCUAUGGAAAAUAAUACUCAAUUUCAUUUUAUUUAAAGUAUGUAUUGAAAAAUAUUUUAACGGAUGCACCAU